AUGGUCGUAGAAUCCAAUCAGCCGGGCAUGGCCGACGUGCCAUCCAAGGCCAGCCUUCCCCGGAAAAGCGCCUUUUCCUGCGAGGCUUGUCGCAAGCGAAAGGUGAAAUGUAAUGGGGCCAGCCCAUCAUGUUCGCGAUGUGCGGCACGCGGAGAAGUGUGCGUCUAUAGUCUGGCUCCAACCUUAUCCUAUACAAAACAACUAGAAACACGCGUCGCGCAGCUGGAAGAUGCCCUCUCCAAGCUCCGAAACCAACAAUCCCUCGAGACUCUGGGUCGGAAGGGCGCCUCCCCGGCGUCCACCGGCGAGUCCAGCGCCAGCCCGGGGAUUCGAAAUCGCAUCAAAGAAGAGGAAGACAGCGAGCGGGAUCUCGCGGGCGAUUUUGAGGGUCUCAAGGUCGAGCACGAUGGCCGGAUAUCCUUCCACGGCCCGACCAGCUUAUUCCAGCUCCCAAGUGGCCUCCUAAACGAGAACUCGACGUCAUCCCAUCUUGCCAUGCAGCUGGAGGGACGGAAGGAAAGAUUGAUCAACAAUGCGUGGCGGGAACGGGCGUUUGAGCAGAUGGCGACUAUGCCUGAACCAUUUCAGUACCUCCUCGACUCGCACUGGUGUUGGAUCCAGCCACUCUUUGGCUUCGUCUAUCGGCCUACUUUUACUCGUGAUAUGAAAGUUAACGGUCCUUAUUAUUCCGAUGCCUUGUUAAACGCAGUUCUCUCACACUCGGUACGAUGGUGCAAAACAGAGCCCAGGAUUGGGCCGAUUUUAGAUUCGUUUGAGGGCGGAGCGCAAUUUUCUCAUCGUGCCGUGUCGGGUCUGUUUGACUCGUUAAAGGCCGGAUAUGUCGGGAUCCCGACCAUUCAGACGCUGCUUCUCCUCAGUGCUCAGGAAUGCGGGCGAGGCAAUCGGACCCAGGCAUGGCUGUACAGCGGAAUGGCAUUCCGGAUGUUGGAUGAUCUUGGCAUAUCCAUCGACAGUCGCAAGUAUUCUGACAGCGCUCAUUUGACCGAUGAAGAUAUCGAACUCAGAAACCGCCUCUUUUGGAGCUGUUACUUCUGGGAUAAACUAAUAUCCUUGUACUUCGGUCGAUCCCCGACAAUGCAGCACUCCCGAGUCAGUCCUCCGAGGGUGAUACUAGAUGACACAGCUGAGGUGGAGAUAUGGACUCCCCACGGCGUCGAAUUCCCCGACGGCGCCCACUACCCACCCACCCAGGCUCAUUCCACGUCAUGUUUCAUGAAGAUGUGCGGGCUAGCAGAGAUUCUUAACCAGAUUCUCAUCCACAUCUAUGAUCCUCUCCGACAGGUGUCGGAAGCAGAGUUCUACGACUGCAUUCAGGAACAGGCUGCAAAUUUGGCUGAGUGGUGGGACGAGUUGCCCGAUUACCUGAAGCUGCAGGCUACGGAAAUCCCCCCGUAUGCUCCGCCGAGCCACAUUGUGACCUUGAACUGCCUCUACCAUACCGUCAACAUCCUUCUCCACCGCCCGAUUCUCUGCUCCAAAUCAAACCGCGAGUCCUACGACAAAAGUCAUCUCGUCCAAUGCAUGACCUCCGCAACUACCAUACUGUCGCUCUUUGAUCUUUACCGUCGCACGUUCGGGGACAGCCAUGUGGUCCUUUCUCUCGCCUACAGUGUGUACACCGCAGCGUCGAUAUUCUUGCUCGAAAUCCAGGCCUUAAAAUACGCUGCUCCGGGAACCCUCGAAAAGCUCAAAUAUUGCGUCUAUGCCCUCGAGCGAGUCAAAGGGUCGAAUCCCGUGAUCAUCACAGCUCUAAGUCUUGUCUACCAGGAGCUCCAAAAGCUCCAAAUCGACGUGCACCUUGUACUCCCCCAACCGCAGCCCGAACAAUCCCAACGCCAAACCCACUCUCAAUCUCAGCCUCCACCUCUCCAACACUCCCAAUCUCACCACAGCCACACUUCCUCCCAACACCACAUCUCAACGCCCCCCGUCAGCCUUCCUAGCACAUCCCGUCGUGUCUCCCCGGUGCAGCAACAGCCACCGCAACAGCAGCAACAGCAACAGCAACAACAACAACCACCACAACCCGACCACCCCAUAACCUCCAUCCACCCCGCAGGCGUAAGCGCCGCCCCCGCCCCCAUGGUCCAAGGAUACACCUUCCAGCCACCUGUCGCGGACUUCGAACUCCCACAGCCCAACAUGCCCCAGAUGGCCGCUACUCAUCUCCUAGGCGGGAUGCCGAACGCCGUGAUGACGCUGGAUAAUCCGGGCUCGUACGAGAUCACCCCGGAAGUGUUCGAGGCGUUCUCGUACGCCGAGCCUAUCACGACGAACAUGACGCCCGCGGUCGAUUAUGUAUGGGAGAGACAUUAA